AUGAGAUACCUCCCCUUCCUCCUCAGCGUGUUAUCGCUGCUCCUAUCCGCCAAUGCGUUCGCAACCGAUCUCCUGUACUGGCCCGUGGGCUCUCAACCCUCCCUCCUCGCCCGCGUCUCCUACGAUCCGACCACGUUGAAAUCCGACGUCGCGUUCCACCCUCCCAAGGACCUCAAAGAUGAUCUCGUGCGGAUUGGCCUCUAUACCACCACCUCCACCAACACCAAGCAAUGGGUCGGAAGCCUCGUGUCGCGGUCUACCUUGAUCGGCCACCCAACCUUCCGCCUCCACCUCGAUUCCGCCAACGAGGUCUACCACGUUUCCCUCUCCGCCCCUGAAGAGUCAGCCUCUGCUGCACAAGUCCAGAUUGUGUUUGAUGAACCUGGAACUCAGCCUCACCUGAACCGGCCGAUUGUGGUUGGGCCGGACGGCCAAAACCCCGAGCAGCCGGAAGAGAAGACCCUCUUGCAAAAGUACUGGUGGGUUCUUCUCAUCGUGACUUUCCUCACCAUGUCCGGCGGCGGCGGAGAAGGCCAGUGA